AUGGCCUCAGACAAGGUUUCAAAAUUGGCCGAUUGCGCUAACCGUCUUCGUGUGACUUCUAUUGAGAUCACCGCCGCCGCCAAGUCUGGACAUCCAACAUCCUCGGUUUCGGCUGCCGAACUCGUUGCUACUCUCUUCUUCGAUGAGAUGAAAUAUGAUGUAGCCAAGCCGAAGGACGUAAAUGCCGAUAGAUUCGUUUUGUCCAAAGGUCACGCUUGUCCAAUUUUGUAUGCGGCUUGGCAAGAAGCCGGUUUAAUUCCCCGCGAAGACAACCUGAAGCUAAGACACAUUGACUCAGAUUUGGAAGGACACCCUACUCCUGUAAGUUUAGAUUUACAGAACCGAGGAUUACAAAAAAAUAGUACGGUUCUAUAUACUUUCUUGUCUGUAUAGUUUUUUUUAAAAUUUAUUAAAAGUUGAUAGGUUGAUUUUUCAGCGUUUGAACUUUAUUGAUGUUGCUACCGGAUCAUUGGGACAGGGCUUAUCCAUGGCGACUGGUAUGGCAUACACUGGUAAAUACUUGGACAAAGCAUCUUACAGGACUUACUGUUUGUUGGGUGAUGGUGAAACAGCUGAAGGAGCGGUAUGGGAAGCUGCUGGUGGGUUUCAAAAAUACUUUUUACUUGUUUUUGCAACUGCGGACUUAUAUUUUACACUAAUAUAAUAGUAUUUAACUUGCAAUUUUAAUUACAUAGUUUGCAUAUAUCAAACUUUAUGUAAAGUUUCGUGUUAAAUAGAACAAUUUUUUAGCUUUCGCUAGCCACAACAAAUUGGACAACUUGGUGGCUAUCGUAGACAUCAACAGGUUGGGACAAUCUCAACCUACUCAAUUGGCUCACGAUCUCGCGGCUUACGCUCGCCGUUUCGAAGCGUUUGGAUGGAAAGCCAUCAAGGUUGACGGACACAACGUUGAACAAAUUUUGAAGGCUUUUGCUGAAGCUCGCCAAGUCAAAGAUCAACCAGUAGUUGUGUUGGCUCAAACUUACAAGGGGCGCGGAAUUGAGGGAGUUGAAGAUUUAGAAGGAUUUCACGGAAAGCCUGUGUCAGCUGAAAAGGCUGACGCUAUUAAGUCGAAGCUGACUUCAAAGGAUCCCCUUAAGUGGGACGUCCCAAAGCCUAAUUAUGAUGCCCCUACUGUUGACUUGAAAUUGGGACAAAACAAGGUAUGUUGGUUUUUUGGUACAUUUAUGCUUUUAAAAUUCUUUAUAAUUAUUAAUAUUAAAAAGUAGUAAUUUAUAAUGCCCAAAAUAUUUUAUAGGUAGGUACACCAAACUACAAACUUGGAGAUAAGGUUGCUACUCGUGCUGCCUACGGUACAGCUCUGGUGAAGUUGGCCGAGCAAAACUCGAGAGUGAUCAGUUUGGACGGCGAUAUGAGAAAUUCUACAUUCUCCGAACAAUUGUGGAAGAAGAUUCCUCAACAGUACAUUGAGUGCUUUAUUGCCGAGCAACAGAUGGUUGGUGCUGCUAUCGGUCUUUCUUGCAGAGAUCGUGCUAUUCCAUUUGCUAGGUAAUUCUGUUUAACAUUUAAAACGUUUUUAUUUCAAUUUUUGCUACUUUUUGUCAGUUUUUAAAAAUUAUAAUGUAAUAUUGUGAGUUAGCCAGUUUCUAAAAUAUAUUUUUCAGCACUUUUGCCGCUUUCUUGACUCGUGCUGCCGACCAGAUUCGUAUGGGUGCCGUAUGUUUUGCUAACGUAAAGUUUGUCGGAUCUCACUGUGGUAUUUCUAUUGGUGAGGAUGGACCUUCUCAAAUGGCACUUGAAGACAUUGCUUUGUUCCGCGCCGUUCCGGGAUCUGUUGUGCUUUACCCAUCCGACGCUGUUUCCACGGAAUACGCAACUGAGCUGGCUGCCAACCACCGUGGAAUUGUCUUUAUCAGAACUGGACGCCCGGCGCUUCCAGUGAUUUACAACAACGACGAGAAGUUCGAAAUUGGACAAUCCAAGGUUGUAAAGAAGUCAGACCAAGACAAGGUCUUGAUUGUUGCUGGUGGAGUGACUUUGAACGAAGCUUUGAAGGCUGCCGAACAAUUGGCUAAGGAUGGAGUUAACGCUGCGGUUUUGGAUAUCUUCUGUGUUCAGCCAAUUGACAGAAAGACCUUGUUAGAACAAGCCAAGCGUGUUGGAGGCAAAGUCUUGACUGUCGAAGAUCACUACCAGCCAGGCGGUAUUGGCGAAGCGGUAAGUAUUCACAUAAAAAACGAGCUUUAUUUUUAAAAUUAGGUAUACUAUCAAACUAUUUGCAGUUUAGAAUUUUUAAUGUUUACAAAUAUUAGGCGUUAAUACUAGUUUGUACAAUACAUUUUUUCAGGUAUCUGCUGCUCUUGCUGAUGAAACAGAUAUUGUUAUUCGCCGCCUGUUUGUAAAAGAAGUCCCACGCUCCGGUGCUCCAGAUGCUCUUUUGGAUCGUUUUGGAAUCUCGAGCAAACACAUUGUUGCCGAAGCUAAAAAGUUCUAA